AUGGUACUCUAUUUUACAUCAAAUGUUGUCAGCCCUCCUUACUCCAUUUACAUGGGGGAGGACAAACACGAGAAUGAGGACUUGAUAAAGUAUGGCUGGCCUGAGGAUGUGUGGUUUCAUGUUGACAAGUUGUCAUCCGCUCAUGUCUAUCUUCGACUUCACCAGGCUGACUGCAUACCAGAAGCAGUCCUGCAGGAUUGUGCACAAUUGGUCAAGGCAAACAGCAUACAAGGCAAUAAACAAAACAACCUUGAUAUUGUUUAUACAAUGUGGUCCAAUUUGAAAAAGACACAAAAUAUGGAGGUAGGUCAAGUCGGAUUUCACAAACAAAAGGAGGUGAAGGUGAUGAAAGUAGACUCAAGAAUCAAUGAGGUUGUCAAUAGGUUGAACAAAACUCUCCUUGAAAAGAAAUUAGAUCUCAGGUGUUGGUUAGAAAAAGAAGAGAGAGAUAGGAAGGAGAGAGAGAGUAAGAAGGAGAUGAUGAGGCAAGAAGAAAAGAGGAAGAAGGAUGCAGAGGAUGCCAGGAAGAAAGAGGCUGAACUCAAGAGCUAUGAUAGGUUGAUGAAAGCUGAAAACAUGACUUCAAAUCAAGACGCAGCGUAUGAUUCUGAUGAAUUCAUGUAA